AUGGGUCUGCAACAACGCAUCUGCAGCCAGGGCUGCGGCCGCGCACCCAAGAAGAAGAGACAGAAGGCAAAACCUUGGAACGCAGGCAAAAAGCUCCGGAAGACUGAUCGACAGCACUUAUUUGUGCCCAGAGAUCACUUGAAGCUAUGGUUUGGAGUCCUCCUAUACUCUGCUGGCCCCGUCUACGCAUUCGCCAUCUGGCUUUGCAUGGUUACAUCUAGACGAAUAUCGGAGACGCUUCGGCUACGCUCCGGUGACCUGGUGCUUCAUGGAGGCGCGCAUGACGAUCACCCACACAUCCUAUACCAGCUAUUACCGGACGAGAAAGCUUUGCCAGGAAUGCACAAGUUGGGAGGCACUGUUGCAGCCCGACUGUGCAGAGAAGCUGUGAGCACGAUUGAAGCAGUGUCUCGUGAGCCCCUAACGUGGCGCAUGAAUGAAGCACUAGCAGAAUUCAAGGAGCAUGCCUCGGUGAAAGCUAUCAAGAAGCCGCUAUGUCAGCAAGAUUUCCAAGUCCCAGCAGACGCAAGCGGCCUCCUGUUUGCUGCUGCUCGAAGUGGAGGAAAGUUGCCCUGGCGCACACGGCAGUCUGUCUGGGGCGCACUGGCACGAGCUCGCAAAGUAAUGUUUGACAUCACCAAACUACGAAGGUACAAUCCAGACUUUGCGGGUGCUCAUGUUACUGUGCACGGCAGCACCCGGCAUACCAGCGCAGCCCUUCUCGCAAGCAACCCUGGCAGCAGUGUCAGCCCUUGCGAAGCCACCAUUCUAGAGAUCCAGCAGCGAGAAGACGCAAGAACUUUUCGCAAACAUUACUACCAUGUGAAGCCACAAGACAUUGAAGAGGCCUUGGAGUUCGGAGCGGCGCCGUCCGUCUUUACCUUUGCGUCGGACGCCAACUCAAAAGAUUCACAGGAACAGGCUGCCACCCCUUGCAGACGCCACAGAUACAAGAAACCUGCCGCGCAUCUCCAGCCACCAAAAGAGUCUGCAACGAUUAAUGCAGCAUACGUGAGCGGCAAUGGUGAUUCGAAACAUGCUGCCUUGAGUACUAACUUGUCUAGGCCUUCAGAUAACGCAGCAGAAGCAUCCGAGUCAACUCGUCAUGUGUACAAAAGUAGGAAUGCUUGGCGGAAGCACAAGAGGCGCCAAGGACACAAGGAAUGGCUUCAAAGGAGUUCUUACUUCCUGUGA